AUGCCGGUUCACCGUAUUUCGGAUUUCACCGCCAUGGAGACCUAUUUCUCCCAAGUCACCAGCAGCUUGCUGAGUUUCCCAGAAGUGACGAUAGAUGCUCUGGGAGAGGAUGAAGUUACGCUUGACUCCGUACUGCAUGGAAGAUUUACUGUUGGAAAGAGUGGACUGGCCUGGCUUGCUUGCGGGCCCCAGUUGGAGGUGGUCCAUGCAGUUACUGGCGAGCGUGUCUCCGCUUACCGCUUCAGCGGGGUGUCCGAGCAUCCGCCCAGGGUGUUGGCCGUGCGGGAUUUCUGUUGGCUAAAGCGAACAGGGCUUCUCGUGGGUCUUGAGGAAGGUGAAGGCAGUAUGUUGUGCCUUUAUGAUCUUGCCAUCUCCCGUGUUGUCAAGGCUGUGGUCAUACCUGGCAAGAUAACAGCCAUUGAGCCCUUGGUUAGCUAUGGAGGGGCCAGUGCCAGCACACAGCAUCUGCAUCAGAGUCUACGUUGGUUCUUUGGAGUUGCUGCUGUGGUAACAGACGUCGGUCACGUUUUGCUGGUUGACCUCUGUCUGGAUGACCUGUCUCGCAGGCAGAGUGAACUGGAAGCCUCAGAUUUGGAAGUGGUCUCUCCCUCUGAGAUCCCACGCUUUAGAGAGGGUGCGAUUCAGCAGGGCAGACACCUGUGCCUGCAGCUCAGCAGCCCCACAGAUACAGGGGUAACAGCGCUGCAGUAUAUACAGCGGACCAACCAGCUUGCUGUAGGCUUUGCUGAUGGCUACCUGCAGCUCUGGAACAUGAAGACCCUCAAAAAAGAAUAUCACUCACGACUAGAGGGUGGCAGAGUGCCCGUCUACGCGUUCACGUUCCAGGAACCAGAGAAUGAUCCCCGAAACUGCUGCUAUUUGUGGGCCGUGCAGUCAGCACAGGAUCAUGAGGGGGAUGUGGUUAGCCUUCAUUUAUUACAGCUGGCCUUUGGAGAGAGGAAGUGUUUGGCUUCAGGGAAAAUUAUCUAUGAGGGUCUAGAGUAUUGUGAUGAGCGAUAUAGUCAGGACCUGAAUGGCACAGCGUUCCCACUCAGGGCUCAAGCUACUAAUACUCGUUUGAUCGGCUGCCAGACUAUAGAGAAGUUUCGUCACCAUCCUGAUCGCGAUGACAGCAUGAAUGAAGUGGCAUCUCCGGAUACAAGCGUAUCAAUUUUUAGCUGGCAAGUCAAGUCUUACGGACAAGGCCAGCCAUCUACCUUCAUUGGUGUUUUUGAUAUUAACAGAUGGUACCAUGCUCAGAUGCCAGACUCACUAAGGACGGGUGAAUCUUUGAGAAAUUGUCCUUAUCUGGCAGUGUGGUCUCUUGACUCUGUGGUAGAGAUGACUGCUUCCUGUCCUCUGAUGGACCUUAUUGUUCAUGAACGCAGUCUAAGUAGGGGCCUGCCUUACACCUGCCCCCCACCAGAGCAGUUCUUUAAUCCCACAUCCUACAACUUCGAUGGAAGUUGUUUGCUUAAUACUGGAAUUGUGCACUUUACUUGCUCUGGUCAUCAAAAAGAGACCCUGAGCUACUUGAAGAACCUGGCUCCAAGUUUGGGCGACAGCAUUACUAAUGGAUACUCGCGCUGCCUUAUGUCUGGUCUCCUGUCGUCUCGUCUUGCUGAUGUCCAGCCCUCUAGCCUCUCACAGGAAGAGCAACCUGAUGCCAUCUUAUGCACCGAUUCUAUUAUAAAGAACUACUACGUUAGCCAAAGGGAAGAGCUGCAGAGACUGGCCAAGGAUAAGUGGUGUGCGGACUGCCUAAUGAUUGACGGUCUGGUAACGCAGUGUGGGGAGCGUCUUGUUGAACUCUGGAGAAGGGAUGAGGGUGGAACUGGACAGUAUCCUCCCCCGACACUUCAGGCCUUGCUUGAUAUAUAUCAGCUGGAAACCAUUGAGGAAUCUGCCAAACAUGCUAUUGUUAUUUAUUUCCUACUGGAUUUUGACCACUUUUUAUUGGGAAGUAGUGAGUCUUUUCCCACAGCAUUUGGUAUUCCCAUUGGAAUAGUCAAACUGGUACAAGGCCUGUGGUUGCUGGAUCAUCAUGAUCAUGAGAGCUCUCUGGAGCUGCUCUUGCAUCCAGCCACCAGUCACUCACUUUGGAGCUGGCAACAUGAGCGUGUCCUGCAAGCUUUGAUGUGUAAGCAGAAGCACACCCUUGCUCUACGCUACUUACAUGUAAUGAAGCCUCCACUGUGCACUACCAGCCAAGCCAAGCUUUCACUUUCAGUCCUGCUCCAUAACAGGUGUAUUGUGGAGGCAUGGGCGUUGUUAAGGCAGCACUGUAAUAAGUUAAACAUGGAAGAGCUGAUGAAGUUUCUCUUCGAUACGUGCCAGGAGCUAGGUCUGAUGAAAGAGCUACUGAAUCUGCCACUUGGCAUGGAAGAACAGGAGUGUUUGGAACGAUUCCUUCUAAACUCAGGAGGUUUCCAGAAUCGAGAGCUGCUAAUGGUCCACUAUCUCCAGCAGGCCAAUUAUGUUUCUGCCCUUCAACUCAACCAGACCCUCAAAAUGAACCUUGUAGCCGAUCGGGAUCCUAAGAUGAAGGAAAGGUCAAACACUAGGAACUCUAUUUUAAACCAGUAUUGGAAAGUUCUUCCACGAGUUCAAAGGAAACUAAUCAUUGAGCGAGCAAAAAUCAUUGAGCGAGCAAAAAUCAUUGAGCGAGCAAAACCAUACCAACACCCUGCUACGAUCCACAGAGAAGUUAAAAGACCUCCACCUCUGUCAAUUGUAGCUAAACGUUCAGCUUCUGAAAAUGUCAUGACCCGAGCAGCUUUUAUCAAUAAUGUUCUUUCAAAAAUUGAAGAAGUUUGGGUUGGCAAGAACCCUACUCCAGAGUCAUCACCAUCCAAAAGCCCCAGAGAGGCAGAGAUGCAAGUGCCAAGCCUGUAUCUUCCCUCGCCAAAUCUACCAGAGCCCUUUGUGGAACCAGUGGAACAAGAACCAUAUAUUGAGCCAUCUGUUGAAUCGGAACUGCCGGUGAAAGAGUUGGUGGGCCAUGAACCUGUUGCUGAUGCCGCUGUUUAUACACACAUUAUUGAUUUACCUAAGAACAGUGAGGAGGAAUCUAUGGAAACAUCAGAGGCACAAAAGACCCCACAGAAAGCCACGCGUAGAAAAAAAUCCAGAAGACUUAGAGACAAAGUUUAUAAAGAAGACCCACAACCACAGACUGGACAGAGUCCCAUAAAAGCAGUAAAUGAAGAUGCAGUAAAUUCCCAUCCUAAAGAGGACAAUGGCCCGGUAGAUGAUGCAGUGGAAACUGAAGCUGUCAAACCCAAAAAGAAGAGAAAAUCUAGGAAAAAGGCGGCCCUAGAACCUCCACCGCCUGUUGAGAUCAAUUUCCUCUCUCCUUUGGCUAGUCCAGCCGAACCAAAUGCAAGAACCGAAAAGAGUACGGACGUGAAGGAUACUCCCUUGCUGAAGACGAAUCUACGACGUAAACGCAUGAAAUUCAAAUGGAUGCCAUUUCCCCUAAACCAGUGACACGGAGAAAGAAACUUUGAUUGUGAUUCAUCCCCAAAAAUGCAUGGGAUCUGCUCUUCCCUUUCCUAAGAACUCUGCAGCCUGCUAUUUUCUAAUUAAGAUAAUGUUUGGAAUAACUAAACAUCUAAUUUGAGAAAUUAUUUUAUUAUAAAUUAUGCUGUUUACUGAGGGACUUGAGCACCAAAAAAGAUGGCUUAGUUUUUAAAUGUUUCUACUAAUGCAAAUGUAAAUAGUCUUUUAGCAAUGCUAUAAAUAAAAUUUGAUACUUGUGAAUUAUUUUGUUACUUGGUUUGUUUAUAGAACGGAUUGUGUAGGAACUGUUAAGCCGGAUCAAACAAUUACAAGGUUUAUGGGUUGCACCACUUGGAUGAUGUGGUUCACCUUGCAUUGGUUAAGUGUAACAAGAUGGUCUAUUUUAAACGGAUAAACAUUUUGCUGUACUUGGCACUUAGUCUCCUCUAUCAUGAGGUCUUAAAGGUGCAGUGUGUAAAUUUUAGUGGCAUCUAGUGGUAAGGUUGCGAAUUGCAACCAAUGCUCACCUCUUGCUUUUGAAACACAUAGAGAAGCUACGGUAGCCACCAUCGGACAAACAUGUCAUCGAUGGAGACAACUUAGUAAAAAAGUUUGUCUGUUGAGGGCUCCUGUAUGCAUGGCUGCACAAAAUGGCGGCUUCCAUGUAAGGGGACCCUCUGUGUAUGUAGAUAAAACGUCUCAUACUAAGGCAAUAAACACAUAACGGUUCAUUAUGAAAGGUCUUUA